CUUUGUAUCAACUUUUUCUUCGGACAUCUUAUUAAUCUUCCAAACUUAGAUCUGCGAAUAACCAAAUGAAAUUUUGGUUAGAUGGCAGGUCAUAACAAACUCGCAACUUUUAAAGGAAUGGAAAAGUUCCAACGAAAAUUGAUGGCGAAAGAAAAUGUCUGCAACAAAUGAAAUAUUUGAAUUAUUCACAGCAAUAGCAAUGGGCGUGUUAUCUGCACUAUUUUUAAGUGCUUUCGUGAUUUUAGUUUUCGUUUGUAAGCGUACUAAAUUCUUCAAUCUACAUUUAUACUUAAAAGGAAAGAAAUUAGUAAAACGUCCCAUUUCCGAUUUAAUGAUGAUUGAGCCUGACGAUGUCAUUUUUUAUAAGAAUAAUGACAAACAUUUUGAGAAAUCUGAAAUGGAGAUCGACACUGUUUGCUUCAAUGAAAACUUCGAUUAUAUAUUCAGAGACCAGCAAUGGCUGGAUGACGUUUCUGGACUGAUCCCGCAUUGCUUAGCUAUCCUAAAAUGUUGCAGGUCACUGACAGAAAGAUUGACUGCACUUGCCAUGGGUAUUAUUAAUACCAGUGGGUUUGGACUCAAAGAAAUUGUCACUUGCGCAAAGAAAAUUUCGCUUAGAGUCGACGAGAUGGUUCAAAGCAUGUAUCCUCCAUUGAAUCCUCAAUUAUUAGAAGCUAGAGCUACUGCCUUGAUGUUAGCUGUAACUCACUUAGCUCUCAUUGCGCAAUACGAGUGCAGAAGCAAGAAGAUUGCAAUGGAUUGGAUUGAAAGGUCAAUGAAAGAAAUAGAAGGUCACAUUGAGGUUAUAAAAGAAGCAUCAAACAAUAAAUCAAUGACGAAUGGAUACAGUUCAUCAGUAAUAGCAUAAACAUAUCAAAC